AUGGAACGACGGCGAGCUGGCACGAACCGAGCGCCUGCUGGUGAUAGCCAACUAGAGCAGUACCAAGUAUGGACUCGCACUCAGGCGCAACUUCAAAAGUUCAUGACUGCACGUGCAGAAGAUAAUACCGUUGAAAAGGUCACAAAGAUCAAUAGGUAUAUUAGCAAGUUUCCUCCUAACGAGGACAUGAUAAAGUCUGCCGAAAUGCUGGAUCAAUAUAAAACUCUCAAGGCCAAGUUGUCCGAAGGACUAGAGUCUACCCGCGCGGCAGCAGAGAAGGAAACCAAGAUACUGGAUGAAGCUCUCGAACUUUUAUCUGUUUUGAUAGCCUUACGGCGCCCGGCGGAUAGUGGACCAUCUGGGGAGAAUUCAAAAAGAACAAAACGUAUCCGCCUUUCCUCUCCCGCGCUCAAUGCACAUUCUCCUUCCCCCGCUCCUUCGUCGCAUCCUUCUGCGUCCUCACACCCUCGGAUUACAGUACGCUUGCCUACCCGUUCCACUGAACGCGAGAAGAACGGAAUACCCCUGCGUGAAGGUCGACGUGUCGCCUUUCGCCCUCCUAAAACUGAACAAUGGAUUCUGGGGUUGGUCAAGAGACAGUUCAUGGAAUCCGGGAAGCAGAUGUAUGAGAUUCAAGAUGCCGAUACUGAGGAGCCAGGACCUCCUUUCAUGACGGAUAUUCGCUCAUUGAUUCCACUUCCCGACCCCGACGCUCCAGUCGGAUCUGCUGCUCACAUUUCUUCGUAUCCCGAGUUCAGCAAAGGUACUGAGGUGAUGGCCAUAUACGAGUCUACCACGUCGUUUUAUCGGGCUGUGGUUGUGGCUGGCCCGAAGGAUCCAUGGCAAGGCGGAAGGACUGUCAAGAAAGAGCCCCAAUAUAAACUACAAUUCGAGGAUGACGAGGGAAGAGUUCAGAGUAUUCCCGCAUUUGAUGUGGUGGAGUGGCCUGGGAGCGGAAGGUCUGGGUCGGGCUCACAUAACUAG